GAAUACGGCCGAGCCGAAGGGUGAUAGUUGGGUAGCUAUGCUAUACAUACCCUAGACUGAGAAACAAAACUUUCCCGGUAGCCAACGUUAUCGUCGUUAUAGCACUCACGCCACCAGUGGCGGCAUGCUGCAGACGCGCAGAAGGGACGCUCUGCAAGCCACCACCCAUGAGGUGUCUCGCAAAUGUAACAUCAAAAACGGUGUUGACGUCCAAAUCUUGGCAGGUGAGAUCUCCCACUGGGCUCUUGGUUACAACGUCUCUUGAUACCCAAAGACGCUGGAAAAAGCCAUACAGAGUGCCCAAGGUUGAUGUCCACUCUCUUGAGGGCCGUAACACAGGAAGGAGAACCAAACAGAUCAUCGCGACAAGAAGACCUGCGGUAGCCCCGCUGCUCUGCACCGGGCCCUGCUGCUUCAAUGCAAGAGCUGCCGCAUGCUGCAGGCUGCAAGAAGGAAUUAUCAAAAGGUGCCGUUGGGUUGCACAUCGCCAUGGGCCGGUCAGGCAAAAAGAUGAUUUGAUGGUGGUGGUGGUGGUGGUAGUGGUAGGGUACCCAAGGUAAUAACCGAUGGGGCAGACGUCAGGGGUGUCAAUUAUUAGCGCUUGCGGCACAACAAGCUAGGGAAGCUGCUUAGCUCCAUUUCCAUCCUCUUCAGUCGCCUUCGUCCAGUCUUCCUGCCACAUCCUGCCUGCAUCUUUAAACAUCUCCCAGUUCGGGCCCGACAAACUUCGUCCGUUCUUAUUUUUGGUCUUCAAGUCUUUGUUGUCUGUGGCUCUUCUGCUUUGCUAUCUUCCACUUGCCUUGUUCUGUACCAUUAUCGCUCAACACAUAUCACGUACCACGCACAUACGCUCCCCCAAGGUUCGACAUCUAAUACACCGCCGCCAUGGUCACGGGCACGAAGAAGGAGGACGUGUACGCAAGUCUCCUCCUGACGGACACAUAUCUCCCCGGUGCUCUUGUCCUUGCCCACUCAUUGCGCGAUGCCGGCACCACCAAGAAGCUCGCCAUCCUUGUCACACCAGACACCGUCUCGACCGAGACUGUAUACGACUAUGUCAUCUAUGUCGACCGCAUCCGCAAUGGCAAGCCCGCCAACCUCUUCUUGAUGAACCGCCCGGAUCUCCACUCGGCCUUUACCAAGAUCAACCUGUGGAAACAGACCCAGUUCCGCAAGAUUGUCUACAUUGAUGCCGACGUUGUUGCUUACAGAGCCGUGGAUGAGCUCUUCGAUCUCCCACAUGCCUUCUCGGCGGCUCCCGAUAUCGGAUGGCCCGACUUGUUCAACACCGGUGUCAUGGCCCUGACCCCCAACAUGGGCGACUACUAUGCCAUGAUGGCUAUGGCCGAACGCGGCAUCUCGUUUGACGGCGCCGAUCAGGGCCUCUUGAACAUGCACUUUGGAAACACAUAUAACCGCCUCAGCUUCACCUACAACGUCACGCCUUCAGCUCACUACCAAUAUGUUCCCGCCUACCGCCACUUCCAGGGCAGCAUCAACAUGGUGCACUUCAUUGGAGCCGACAAGCCGUGGAGACAGGGACGCGAAAGCACCACGGACGCCGGACCCUUCGAUGAGAUGACCGGAAGGUGGUGGGCUGUUUACGACAGACACUACCACAAAGAGGUAGGUCCGGACCGCAGCGGCCGAAAGAAAUCACUAAUUCCGGGGCAGGCCGGACACGCGCCCAGCAUUGUUCAGCACUUUGUCAAGGGAGAAUACAACCCAACGACCCGUUAUGUCGUGCCCACUGGCGAACCCAACGGUCAGCAAUCCCCUACCCCCUCGCAAGAGGAACACCAGGGGAACCAGGAUCAUGUUGCCCACUCUGGAGACCAUCAUGUCCAUCAUGAGAGUCAGGAUCACAUCCACCAGGAGGAACACACUUCCGCGGAACCCAAGGUGACGAAUGAAUCUGGAGGUGCAUAUACUGAGACGUUGCCGCAAACAGGAUGGGAUGCCCAGAGGAGCUCACCCCCGACCGAUUCCGGGCCCGAGGCCGCAAACUUCCCCCGCACACACUACGAGAUGUCAAGAGACACUUCGCAGUUCCAGGCACCCGACCGCUACCCCAGCCCUCCCAGCAACAUGUGGUACUCGGUACCGAACGAGCGCGAUCAGCCCAAGUCUGUUUUCCCGUGGGAAAACAAUGCGCCUCGCCCCACCCGCGUGUUUGCUGAGAACCCCUUGGCCCCCGUGACUCCGGCCCCGAAAUCUCCUGGUGAGCAAAGACGACACGUUGUGGGAAGAAGAAACCUAUUGUUUACGCCUAUAGGUCCAGCCAUCCGAACCGCCCCCUCUCCCGGCGGAGCCGCCUGGAACUCGUUGAACCAAAGCAACGCGUGGGAUGAGAUCCCCCAGAUUAACCGCUAUGUUGACUCGAUGCAGAGACACCGCAGGUCUAGGAGCCAGAUUCUGGCGGCGAGCCCAGGCAGAUCGACAUCCGGUGAACGCCAGGAGGAGCCAAGCGAGGAGCGCAGAGGAUCCAUCAAGGUAACCGACUUCCCUACCGAGGACGACCGUCCGAGCCUUCCGGUCACGCCCGCACCGGUCAGGAGGCGACAGUUCUGGGCCAACGCUGAUGAUAAUGGCCAACAGCUGCCUGCUGCCGAGGGCGUUCCCGCCCAAGACGAAUGGGACCCGGCUGCUCAACUCCAAAAGUUGGCCAAGCAACAAUCCGAGGUCUUGUUGGAGAAGUUGGGUGCCAGCGGAACCGGCCAGAGCCAGGAGAGCAUUAGUGUGGAUGGAAAGGAGAUUCCCCACCGUCCGUUGCCGUUCGGAUCCGAAGAUAUUCUAGCAGAGGCCCCCGAGCUGGUGACGGGACAGACGACGCCCAGGACGGUGGAGUCGCGCUCCCCCAGCAUUAGCACGACGGCGACGAUUGCCGUGCCAUCCUACCAAGGACCCGGAGCCAUGUUUGAGAAGGGCGAGGACUAUCUGACACAGGACACCCCCGCGCAGCCGACCGAGGAGGACCUUGACGUUUUGCAGACCUAGAGGGCUUGAGGAUGAGACGGGAUGAAAAGGGGUCUGGUGAGGUCAAGGGUGGUCUUUUUUUUUGGUUUUGUUGCUUGGGUGGGAUGGCAUGGCAAGCAUGCGUCGAGUGGCUUUUUGUUUUAGACUGGUAUUUUUCUUUUUUUCGUCUGCUCCUGCAUUCAACACAUCAAAAUUUUCACGGCACAUGAAGCAUUUGGAAUUCUUUUGGCAGAGUUCGAGGGAAGUUGAGCAAAGUUUCAAUGUUUUUAUUUCAAUGAUCUUUUGAGCACGGUGGAUGACGUCACUUGGUGGUUGAGAUGGGAUGAGUGCGUUUGCGUGGGUUGUAGGUAUGAACUAGUGUUUGUGAAUAUGAGACCAUGAAUCGGGGCCAGUAGUGUUUACGUGACAUGACGCUGUAAAGGG